AUGUCUUCUUCCUCUUCGCACGCCAGAGUAUCCUCGCGCAGCGACCGCAGGACCGCGACCGAAAAUGGGAGUGUCCAACCCCGCGUCUCCUCCAGCCAACAAUCCAAUCGAGGCGAGAGGCCGGAUCCCAGGGCACAGCAUGGGGAACCGCACUCGCCGCAGCCUUCUACGUCUGCUGGGAGCCACCGGAGGACGCCGUCGGGUGCCCAUCGCCUGAAGCCGGGCGUGGAGGAGCGGAGGACGGAGAGGGUGCUGGUCACGACGAAGGAAACUGUUACGCGCCGCACGCGGAGUCCGGAGAGGAGGCCCAGUGCGAUGCAGCCCCAGGAGAGGCCGAAGCCGGAGAAUAGCAGGAUGCACGCGGGGGCCGAUGCCAGGUCGAAGUCUACCAAGGUGGAAGCGCCUCCGCUACCGUGGGCACCGGAAGCGUGUCUGGUUCCGCAUACGACUGCUCCUCUGGCCUCGAGGAUCUCUGUGCCGCCGCUCUCGUCGCAAGCGCCUCUGGCACUACAGCCUCGGCCUCUGCACGAGCUGUCUCUGGAAGUCCAAGAAGCGGCCGUGUUGGAGGACUUGCUAUUUGUGUUUAUGGGCUACGAGGGACAAUACGUCAGGUUUUCGAAGAAUUAUAAUCCAUCUGUGGAGAGGGAUCGCCUCGCCGGACCCGGCUUUAAGAUUCUGCCAGGAUUGGAUCCGAGCCUACAAGAUCUAACAACCACGAUGUUGAAGAUGGCUACCCACUACGGAGCUGUGGAAGCCUUUGUGGAAGUGCAGAGUCGGGAAGAGUUCGGGGCUGUAAAUCAUGCUCUCUGUGCGGCCAUCCGAAAGUUGCUGCAGGACUACUUGAUUCUGGUCGCCCAACUCGAGACACAAUUUCUCACUAACCCUUCCUUCACACUGCAUGUCCUGAACCUGCAUACACUUCCGACGAGCCACAUGAUGUCCCAGGUUUACUCUUUGGCCCACGAAAUCUUGAAACGGAACUCCCUGCUGGAAGAUGACGACGAAGACGAUGGGCUUGACGACAUCGAGAACAUAUUGGAGAGCUUGCGGGACAAGGGCGACCUGGGGCCCGGGAACAUACCGGGGAAAAAGAUCUGCAAAGGAGGCAGCGUGUUAGGGCUCAUCACGAAGCGGCUGGAAUCAAUGUCCGGGGAUCCUGCUGCAAGGUCGCUUCUCACAUCACUGUUACGGGAUGCUAGUCGUCCGUAUAUGAUGAUGCUGAAUGAGUGGCUGCAUCAUGGAAGUAUCAAGGACCCACAUGCGGAAUUCUUGGUUCGGGAGCAGAAGAGUAUGACACGUGAGAAACUGGUGGAGGACUACACUGACGAGUACUGGGAGAGACGGUACACUUUGCGGGAUCAGGAUGUUCCGCCACAGCUUCAAGGAGUCAAGGACAAAGUUCUGCUGGCGGGCAAGUAUCUGAAUGUGGUGAGGGAGUGCGGUGGUGUCGAUGUGAGCAAAGCAGUUAUAGAUGUUCCGAGGUCGUUUGACGACAAUCGAUUUUUGGAAAAUGUCAACAGCGCCUAUGCUCAUGCCAACGAGUCGUUGCUGAAACUUCUCCUGACAACACAUGCCCUACCUGCACGAUUACGAUCCUUGAAACAUUACUUCUUCCUGGACCGGUCCGAUUUCUUUUCGUACUUCUUGGAGCUUGGGGCUUCCGAAUUGCGGAAACCGGUCAAAAAUGUCAACACGGGCAAAUUGCAGUCCCUGCUUGAUCUCGUCCUCAGACAGCCAGGCAGCGUGGCUGCCCAGGAUCCGUUCAAAGAAGAUAUCAAGAUCGAGAUGAACGAGGUCAGCUUGACGAACUCACUGACGCGGGUGGUCAACAUUUCGGGGAUGGAGCAAGGCGAGUCUUUCCAAACAACCGCCGCUCAGCCGACCAACGACAAUGAUAAAGCCGCCGUUGGGUUUACGUCGCUCCAGCUGGACUACUCGGUCCCGUUUCCGGUAUCGCUUGUCAUCAGUAGGAAGACCGUAUGGAGAUAUCAAGCAUUGUUUCGAUACCUUUUGUCCCUGAGGCAUCUUGAACAGCAGUUGGUUUCAUGUUGGCAGACGCACAACAGAUCAGCCAGCUGGGCUCACAAGAGCUCGAAUUCGACAGUGGAGAUGUGGAAACGGCGGGUUUUUACCCUGCGUGCUCGUAUGCUCGUGUUUGUUCAACAGCUUUUGUAUUUCUGUACAGCGGAGGUCAUUGAGCCGAACUGGCAGGCACUGAUGGCUCGACUGAACGCAAAAGAGGACAGCAAGGGUGGUGCGACGCCUGUACGAACGGUCGACGAGCUUAUGCAAGAUCAUGUCGAUUUCCUCGAUACCUGUUUGAAAGAGUGCAUGCUUACUAACAGCAGGCUGCUGAGGAUCCACUCGAAGCUUAUGCAAACAUGCACAUUCUUUGCAACAUACACCGGCUGGCUUGCCCGCGAGCUAGAAAAAGCAGACCCAGACAUGUCAGCGGCAGAGAGGCCUUCAUCGAUGAACAAACAGCAUUGGGCACGCUUCCAAAGCGAAAUGGCACAGCGACAUAGUGACUCCACAUCUUCCAAUCCGCCAACGCCCCCCACAAGCGAAAAGGAACGGCAGGAGAAGCUUGAAAGGAUGUACGAGAUUAUCAAAAAGUACGAAGACAACUUCAGCCGGCAUCUGCAGAUUCUGCUUGAUGCACUGAAUCAUUACGCCGCGACGGAGACAGUGGUGUUGCUGGGGCUGUGUGCGAGACUGAGUACUGCCAACCAGGGAACGCAGUACAGCGGGCUGAGAGCAGAUGAGGAUGGUGGAGAGUCCGGGCGAUGA